CGCAACUCGGCUUCGCUGAUCACUGAGAACUGGAGCAGCGACGUCCCGGGACACAGCAUCUUGCGGCCUCCGACCAAUACGCGACAUACCUGGAUGGCAGUGCGGCAGACGAGACACGAUAAACGGAAGCACGUGAUGUUUUGCUUCUCGCUAUAUUCACCGGAGCGCAUGCUAACGACACUCGUGCUGAUAGCGACGAGUCGGGCUAAGAAUGAUCCUAAAAUAGUUUCUCACAUUCUUCUUUUUUUUCUUUUUUUCGUGCUAUACAGGGAGUCCCACAUAACUUGAUCCAAGAAAUUAAGAAUGAAAGGCACGUCGGAAGUGUAUUGAACCGAACGCAUACUAUUCGCAAUAGCCUAUAGACCAGAACACGCUAGCCUCGCACCCAGGCUAAUCGAACGCAUACUCUCGCACCCGGAUUGCCCGGUCGACCAGCGCCAUUUUGUUCUGGGCUGCCAAAGCGUGUUCGCCGGCGACCAGCAGACAUGGCUAGCGCUAGCUCUAGGACUCCAAAGUGCGGAAAUGUGCCCGUUCACGCGAAUCCAAAGUACAAGAAGUCAUCUGGGCAUCGUUGCGUCGUGUUCGGAUGCCAAAAUAACAAGCGGAAAAGGAGCAGAUUGCUUAGCGCUGUUUGCGAAGAGCACAAUGCACGUAGGGAAUCGUGCCGGUGCGGUGUUUUCAGCCUGCACCGAUUUCCAUCCGCAACGAAGAAUGACAAGCUGCGCCACCGGUGGAUAGCUGCAGUGAAUAGGAAGAACUACCAACCCAGUGAAAAUGCACGAGUUUGCUCCGAGCACUUUCUGGACAAGCCCACAGAGCAGAAUCCCGCGCCGGUGCUUCGCCUUGGCUAUAACAAGAAGGUGGUGAAGGGCAGGCGUCUGCUAAUCAGGCAGUCAAACGACCUCGCCAGUUGGUCGCCAAACGCGGCCAACCCAGUAGUGACCAUGACAAACAAGACCAAACUGAAAGUGCAGAGGACAAUGUUCUGCGUGCUUUAAUAAAAUGUGGCACCAACACAGUGCUGUAAAAUCCUU